GAUUCCAAGGAGGGGUUGGUGGGAUUUUCGGUGACUGGCUUUCUUUGCAUGAGAAGAUGGACAAUUUGAUUUUGAAAUUGACAAGAAAGCGGAAGCGUAAGUUUUCUAUUUAUGGAGGGAGAGAAAAGAAAAAGUGGGUGGGGUGUCCCUCAAAACCAGCUUAAUUUUCGUGGGCGCUCACUAGUUGGGCAGUUACUUUCUUCCUUCGGAUGUAACUGUUCGUCGUAUCACAUGAUUGUGCCCUUUCAAUUUUCAUCUUCAUCGCCAUCACUUCAACAUCCUGAGUGUUGAAGAAGCAAGAGAAGUGAAAACACCGUCAAAAUCGAAUCUUUCGCACUGUAGCUUCGCCUCCUCGUCCGUUGUCCCAUUUGGGUUAUUUUCUUGAUGGCUUCUGUCAUUUUGUGUUUGGAAUUCUUGAUCGACGCGACAGCAACCGAAUGGUGAGAAACAGGUUGAACUCUUAUGCAAGAAAAAGGGUACCAUAAAAAAAGAAUUUACAGAAAAUGAAAAGCCAUGGAGCGAACAUUGUCAUUAUGAAGUCCUUCAUAGUGGUUAAAAGAGGGCCCUUUUACAUUUAUGAAGACUUCAGAAUGUGAUCUUAAAUCGCAGUUUCUCAAGCGCUCCAGCCAAAAUCGUCUGGUUGCUCUGCUUUUGAUUUCGUUCUUCUUCUGGGCUCCGGAGAUAAAACCAUGGCCUGUUUUCUGAUAUAAUUUAUGGGGAUGUGACUAUGAGAGAGUGACGGUGUCCUGCUUUUACUUUGCCUUCAUCUGUUUCUUUCUUUUGCGGUGAACAUUCGGCAGCUUCAUUUCUUCACCAGCAGAAACUCCUAAGAAGGCGGGGACAUCUGAGACUCAUGGAUCUUGAUUGUGGCAAGUGCCGGGACUCUUCAAAGAAAGAGUCUUGGAAGACGAUUUGGAUUCUAGCUUAUCAAAGCCUCGGUGUGGUGUAUGGAGACUUGAGCAUAUCUCCUCUCUAUGUCUACAAAAGCACAUUUGCUGAAGAUAUUCAACAUUCAGAUACCAAUGAAGAGAUAUUUGGUGUUCUCUCUUUUGUUUUCUGGACCCUCACUUUGCUUCCCCUAUUCAAAUAUGUCUUUAUUGUUCUUCGGGCAGACGAUAAUGGGGAGGGUGGAACAUUUGCCCUCUAUUCAUUGAUAUGCCGGCAUGUCAGAGUGAGCCUUCUACCGAACCGGCAGGCUGCCGAUGAAGCAGUCUCUACGUAUAAAUUGGAGCACCAUCCUGCGACCAGAAACAGCUCGAAGAUGAAAUCAUUGCUCGAGAAGCACAAGGCCUUACACACUGCUUUGUUGAUACUGGUCCUUUUGGGAACCUGCAUGGUAAUUGGAGAUGGAGUGCUCACACCUGCGAUUUCUGUUUUCUCUGCCGUUUCUGGGCUUGAGUUUUCCAUGUCCAAGGCACAUCAUGAAUAUGCAGUGAUCCCGAUCACUUGCGUCAUACUUCUGUGCCUAUUCGCCCUGCAACAUUAUGGCACACAUCGGAUUGGAUUCUUCUUUGCUCCGAUCGUUUUGAUUUGGCUACUAUGCAUCAGUGCCCUCGGCUUGUAUAACAUUUUUCAGUGGAACCCCCAUGUCUACAAGGCACUUUCACCUUAUUACAUGUUCAGUUUCUUGAGGAAGACGAGAAUGGGGGGAUGGAUGUCUUUGGGAGGCAUCUUAUUGUGCAUAACAGGUUCAGAGGCAAUGUUUGCUGAUCUUGGACACUUCUCCUAUACAGCAAUCCAGAUUGCUUUCACAUUUCUAGUUUAUCCAGCUCUCAUAUUGGCCUAUAUGGGUCAAGCUGCUUACCUGUCAAAGCAUCACCACAACAGCGACCAAAUUAGCUUCUAUAUCGCAGUUCCAGAAAGUGUCAGAUGGCCAGUACUUAUAAUUGCUAUUCUUGCUUCCGUUGUCGGAAGCCAAGCCAUCAUAAGCGGAACAUUCUCCAUCAUAAACCAGAGUCAAUCCCUCAGUUGCUUCCCAAGAGUUAAGGUGGUUCAUACAUCAGAUAAGAUUCACGGGCAGAUCUACAUUCCAGAGAUCAAUUGGAUGCUCAUGAUUCUCUGCAUUGCUGUGACUAUUGGCUUUAGAGACAUAAAACACAUGGGAAAUGCCUCAGGCCUGGCAGUUAUGGCAGUGAUGCUAGUGACCACAUGCCUCACUUCUUUGGUCAUUAUCCUAUGCUGGCACAAACCUCCGAUUGUUGCUUUGUCCUUCUUACUGUUUUUUGGUUCGAUCGAAUUACUCUACUUCUCAGCAUCACUCACCAAGUUCACUGAAGGCGCUUGGCUUCCCAUUCUUCUGGCCCUUUUCCUGAUGACCAUCAUGUUAGUCUGGCAUUAUGGCACCGUCAAGAAAUAUGAAUAUGACCUCCACAACAAAGUCUCUUUGGAGUGGCUCUUAGCCUUGGGUCCGAGCUUGGGAAUCGCUCGAGUCCCCGGCAUUGGCAUUGUCUUCACUGAUCUCACUUCAGGAAUCCCGGCUAACUUCUCCCGUUUCGUCACCAAUCUCCCAGCCUUCCACCGCGUCCUUGUCUUCGUCUGUGUAAAGUCGGUCCCUGUCCCAUAUGUGCCCCCAGCUGAGCGCUAUCUUGUUGGCCGUGUGGGCCCCGCAGCUCAUCGGUCUUACAGGUGCAUCGUCCGGUAUGGAUAUCGGGACGUCCACCAGGACGUGGAUUCCUUCGAGUCCGAUCUCAUUGACCGGCUGGCGGAAUUCAUCCGCUAUGACUGGAAUCGCGCUCGGGGCUGUACGAAUUCGUGUGGUGAGGAUGACGGGCUUCACUCAAAUGCUUCGUCAAGUGAGUGCAGAUUGACAGUGAUCGGGAUGGCAGCAGUGCUCUCCAGCGCGCCACUUUACGAGCUUGAUGGGACCCUGGAACCAGCAAGCGUGUCUGUCGGGUUUCCGAGCACGGAGAGUGGUGGAGUAGCUGACUUAGUCGAAAUGGAGCCCGUCAAUGUCAGACAAAGAAGAGUGAGGUUCGCAGUUGACAAUGACAAUGCCUCGGAAAACAAUGCUAUGGAACAUGACUCGCCCAUGCGGGGAGAACUAGGGGACUUGGCAGAGGCUCAACAGGCUGGGACUGCGUUCAUACUCGGGCACUCCCACGUCCGGGCGAAGCAAGGAUCGUCGAUCCUGAAGAGGCUGGCCAUCGAUUUCGGAUAUAACUUCCUCAGGAGGAACUGUAGAGGCACGGACGUGGUGCUUAGAGUGCCUCCAGCGUCACUUCUUGAGGUUGGCAUGGUUUAUGUAGUGUGAAAGCCAUUCUAGUUGGUAUAUGGUAGUCUUUUGUCUCCUCAUUUUAAUAGAGGAAGACAGUGAGCGCACUGAUUAACCCUGCAGAAUUGUAAUUACUUCCAUCGACAUUAAGUUUUGAUGGAAUCUAAAAUGUUCAGCAAUUGUAAGUAUGAAA